AGCCUCAUUCCCUUCUUGCACUACCUCCCCAUCUUCUUUAAUUAACAUCAUCUUAGCUCUCUUUGCAUCAUACGAUGGCUCCCUCUCUUUGGUCCCUUCUGCUCCUUUUGGCAACUCUUCUCUUUAUGCAGACUCUGGCAGAGGCUGCAACAUGUAGUGACUGUUUCAGUCAGUCACGAGCUGCUCACUACCCAAAUUCUGAUGACCAAGGAACAGUCUCUGGUGCGUGUGGAUUUGGUUCAUUUGGAGCAACAGUAAAUGGUGGGGAUGUCUCAGCUGCAUCUAAUCUCUACCGUGAUGGUGUCGGAUGUGGUGCUUGCUAUCAGGUGAGAUGCACCGAUAGUUACUAUUGCACAGACAAAGGAGUAAACGUUGUUAUAACUGACAGUGGCUCCAGUCAUGACACAGACUUUAUUCUCAGCAGACAAGCCUUUGGUCGGAUGGCUCAAACGGCAGACGCUGCUGCUUCUCUAUUAUCCCUUGGAGUAAUUGAUAUUGAAUACAGGCGUAUUUCAUGUAGCUAUCCGAACAAAAAUGUGACAGUCAAAAUUGAUGAGAGCAGCAACUACCCUCAUUAUUUGGCUUUUGUCUUGUGGUAUCAACAAGGAAAGAGGGAUAUUACUGCUGUGCAGCUGUGUGAGACUCAAAACUUUGUGUGCAAGCUCUUGGAUCGGAGUUAUGGUGCAGUAUGGACGACCACAUCUCCCCCAAGUGGACCAUUGUCGCUGAGGAUGCUGUUCAGUGGUGAUGAUGGGGAAGAGACAUGGGUUGUUCCUGUCAACGAUAUACCCAAUGACUGGAAAGCUGGAGAAACUUAUGAUACAGGAGUCCAAGUGAACGUAUAAUCAUCAUAUUUAUCUCUUGCUAUUUCAAGAUGUUUCAUUUUAUUUAUCUCUGUAUAUGCUUUCUCCGUCUCAGGAUGGGGACAAAGUUUAAUAGCAAAAGUUCAUGAAGGAGUGAUGAUUUCAA